AUGUCGCUUCAGCAGCCAGUCUCCAAGCUGUGGAAGCGGACAAGAGAGAGUAAGCCCAAAGUGCGCACUGGCUGCAAGACUUGCAAAUUUCGACGAGUCAAAUGUGACGAAGGGAAGCCCACUUGUACUCGAUGUACCAAAGCCGGAAGAAUUUGCGAGGGCUAUGGAAGUGGAGCGCCUAAAUCAACUUCCCACCUGGCUAGGCCACUAGCCCCGGCACCAGCUAUUGACGACCCCAUCGAACCGCCCGCGCUAGAGUUCUUCUUCAUCAAGACUGCUCCCCAGCUCGCAGGCUUCUUCGGGAGUGCCUUCUUUCAACACAGCGUGCUCCAGCAAAGUCUCGCCGAACCAGCCAUACGCCAAGCGAUUGCAGCCAUAGGCAUUCUACACGAGCAAACAGCGACAGGGAGACAGAGUCCAUCCCCAAGUAAACGCCCGCCAAAUGUCCACAUCAAGCUAUACAACCGCUCCAUCCGCGCAGUCCUCGACAAGGUCGCCGUCAGUCCCAAUGCAACCCCAUUACUCGCAAUGACAAACGUCCUCUUCACAUGCCUCGAGAUCUUCCAGGGGAAUGCAAAAGCCGCCGCAGACCAUAUCACCGCGGGUAUCAAACUGCUGCAAGCAUGGCGCGAAAAGAAUGGUGGGCCGACCAUGCCCUGGGGCCGGAAGUAUACUUCUUUCGAGGUGCAAUUCAUGGAGACGGAGGUCGCGCCGCUACUGAGUUUAUUCAACACGAACGCGGUCGAAUGCGCCGGCGGACAUCGCAGUAAAUUCCUCUUGAAUCCUGUAGACGAGCACGGCGCAUUACUCCUCGCCACUCGAUUCGAGACUGUCAACGAAGCUCGCAUCGGACUCAUCGAUAUGAUCACCGAUGUAACAUGUGUCUGUAGCGGGUUAGACGAUGGUCUCAUACAUAGACCCCUCGCCGACAUCGACGCCGUCGUAAUCUCGCAAUCCGUACAACAGAAUCUCGAGCGAUGGCAACGAAACGUAGAUGAUCUAAUCCGCCGGCAAAAAUGCACCUGGGAUGCGAAAGAGCAGCAGAUCGCAGACGUGAUCAGCAUAAUCAGGCUUGCCACUAUGUUCGGUGUACGGGCAUACGAGGCCCAAUCCGAGUGUGAAUGGGACAAUCAUCGACCCGAGUACGAAGACCUGAUUUGUUUCGCCGAUGCUAUUUUUUCAGAUCGAGUCCGGUUUCCGGACGAGAUAUCUCGUACACUUAGUUUGGACUUUGGAUUGAUAUUUCCCUUGCAUGCUGUGGCGUGGAAAUGUCGUUGGCCUAGCUUACGCCGUCAAGGAUUGGACUUGCUGUGUCGCAGUUCGAGGCGGGAAUGGCUCUUUGAGGCCCAGCAUUAUCAUGCUAUUUUCUCUCGGAUUAUGGAAAUUGAAGAAGCGAGUUGUGGUUUGCCACCGGGUGUACAGCCUCAGGAUGACUGGUUACCUGCUGAGCAUGCCCGGAUUUGUGACUUUCUGGUGGAAGGGAAGCCUAACCCGGCUGGAGAGAUUGCUGUCUAUGAAGUGACGUUUUUUAGUAGACCUCAAGGUAGUAGCGGUCCCUUGAGGUCAGUCACUGAGCAGAUGCGAUUAGGGUCGUCGCAGACUGUACAGGCUGCGGUGCCGACGAAUAUGUUUGGGCGUAGGUUAGAACGCGAGGUGGAAGGUCACUGA